AUGGACCUGUACGAUGAAUUAUUUGCCGCCGUUGGGUUCAUUCUCGUCACGACUUUUGUCGUUUUCCUGUUUCGACAGUUAUUGGCCGUUCGCAAGAGGAAAGCCAUCAACGAGACUUUAUCAAAAAAAGUAUGUUUUUGAAUGAUAUUUUUCUUCAAUAUUAUGAAUUUUUUUAGUUAUGAAAUUUACUAGAUUUUUUUGUGAUUUUUAAAAAAAAUGCGAAACCAGUUAAUGUUCCAACUUUGUUUUUUUAUUGAAUACUUAAAUUAGUUACUUGUAAUUAGUCGAAUUACACGAAUCAGUCUUUAAUUAGGGUAAAAAAAUAGAUAUAUUUUCCAUAGUUUUUUUCCUUUUAAAAAGGCGUUGUGAAAUAUUGAAAAUUUCCUUAAACAAGUGUUCUAUUUUUAUCUCCAGCGUACUUCUUGCCUAUUUUUAAUAUUUUUUUAAAUUUUCAAAAAAACCUUUAAUUUUUCUUUUUAACAAUGAUUAUUGUUCCAUUAACUUCUCAAUAAUUUUUGGAUUUCCCCUUCAAUAAUUAAGAAGAAAAGUUAUUCUCUGAAAUUUGAUCAAGGAGUUUUUUUGAAACCAUUCAGUUUAUUUUAAAAUUUACUAUGAAGAUGGAAAAAAAUGAACCGCAUCUGUCUGACUUUUUUUCGUUGUAAACAAAGGUGCAUUUUUUUCUUCAGAGACCACAUGUCGCUCUGCGCAUGUGUUUCACUGGUUUUGAAAAAAAAGACCCCACCAGGAAAAAAAUUUAAAAAUUAUAUAGUCAAGUUUGGGGAACAUUUCUAAAUUUUUUUCAAAAAAAUGUUCCAAAUUUUCAGGCGGUCAUUAUUGGUCUCCAAUCGACGGAAGCGAUAAGGGCUACUACUGCGGCUGCUGCAAGCAACACAUCACAACAGGCUACGAAUGCGACAAUUGUCUUUUGAAAAGUACACGAUGUUAGUUUGUUUUACUGUUUCAACUUUUCCAAAUGAGAAAAAAAUUAACCGAAAAUCGUUUCGGUACAAUAAAAACACAAUUUUUUUAAUUUUUUUCUAUCUAAAGCUCGCGUUUGGAAAAAAAUUUUUCCCUGACCAGAUUUUUCUCUAUUAAAACCCUCUGAGCUUUAUUAUUUUUUUCUAUAAAGAUGUUCAGUUUUAUUUAAAAACAAAACUUUAUCUAGAUAAAAGUGCCUGCGAGCGAUAUCUUCGAAGAUUUUUCUGCAAAGUCAACGCGCAAACCACGAGGAAAGAGACUUUUGGACAUCAUUGGGUGAGAUUUUGAUUCUUCAAUUACUAUUCAGCUUUUUUUCGUAAUUAAUUCGAAAACAGGAAAGUAAAAAUUUUUUUCUGAAUUGUAUGGAAAAGAAAAAAAUAAACGCGUUUUUUUCAAAACAAUAUUCAUUCUUAAAUGAAAGAAAAAAAUAUCACCGUUCUUUGAAAAAAAUUCCUAUAUGAACAAGAUGCAGAAAAAUCCAUUUUCUUGAAUUGGAGAGAUAGAAAUCAUAAAUAGAGCACCAUGAAGUAGAUAAAUUCUCAAAAAAAUUUUUAGUUUUUAUCGAGAAAAAGUCAAUUCAACAAUUUUUUUCUGAUAUUCAAAUUCCUCAAAAAAAUACUAAAUAUUUUUCUCAAGAAAAUCAGUAAAAUGCUUAAAAAUUGUAGAUUUGCGGCAAUUUGGCGGCUGAUGAGUUCUGCGUCGUGUGCGAAGAACUGUGCGGUGGCGGCGUUGGUCUGCAAGAUUUCCGAUGUUCUUGGUUAGUUUCUUUUUCUUUUUUUGUGAUUUUUUUGAAAUUUUUUUCUUCAUCAAAUAAUUUCUGGUUCCAAAGCUGAGUAAUUUUUUUAAUUGAGAAUUCAAUUUUUAGUUUUUCAAUUUGAAUUAAAGUUUGAUAUUUGGAACUUAAAAAAAUUUUUAUUAAAAAAAUCAACAAACUUAUUUUUCUAAAUUCAUCAAUUAGCAUGAGUUAUUCUCUAUAUCGUCGCACAGAAAUUGUUUUAAGUCGGAUGCUCUAAAAAAAAUCCAAUUUCACUUGCAAAUAAGCCAGAAGAUAGCGCUCAACGAGUUUUUUUAUAUAAACUUUUUCAUAAUUUUUUUCUGCAAGUUAAUUUUUUUCUCCGAUUUCGCAACCCAUCCUACGCUUCUAAAAAUAUCAACUACAAAUUUGUGAUUUUUAUCUAUUGGUCGUAAUGACGCAAAAACGUUCCUGUUGUUUCCUGAAACGCUACAAAUCAACAAUUUCCGCUGUUCUUGUUCGCCAAACUAUACUCACCAAUUUUCUGAGACUAAUCCAAUUUCAGUUCUUAUCAACUUAACAAACUCAAGUAACCGUUUUGAGACGAUUUUUUCGAUGACAAUUUAUUUUCCUUCAAAGAUCACUUUGAGGCUUCCGCUUCGGUUUAAAGGCAAGCGGUCAAACUUCGUGUUCAGCGAUUUUUAGUCCAAUCAUAAUAAUUUGGUGAGAUGUUUACAGGCGCCUUGGGCGUGGCUUAAGAUUUUUUCCGUCUCUUUUGAGCAGAUUUUCCGACGAACUUUUGAAUAAACUGUUUAAGAUUUAUGAACGCUCAUUUUUUCAUUUUUUGGAAAUAACACGUCUGCAGUUUUUUUUUUGUUGAGUUCAAUUAUUGGUUACGAACAGAUAAUGAGCGGUGGGAGGUGUUCCCAGAAGUUUUCGUAGGGGAAAAAAGCGCGUAGGUAACACUUAAACUUUGGAUAUUGUACCUUGCUUUUGAUCAGAAGCAUUUAUUCUUGUCUGCUCUUUUUUUUUAAAGGUCAUCAAAGUAAUGAAAAGGUCGCAAUGAAAUUUAUAGCGUCUUUGAGGCGUCAUGACUAUAAGAGGGAAAGCGAAGUUAUUUUUUGAUUUGAAGUCAGGGUUCUCUGAAAAUGAUAUUAUCACUUUCUUCGUAAGCUGAGGAAAUCCAGAAUGGUCCCUAUAGGGCAACCUUAGGGCACUUGAAGGCUCCCCUUCAGGGAAAAUUUUCUUCAUUGUUUAAGGGUCCCUAUACCUUGGAAAGUGGUCCCUGUAAAAGAUAUACCAGCCGAAUAAUGUUAUAGACUCUAUGAGAACAAUAAUUGACAUGAAACAUGUCAAAAGAUGAUACAUUGAUGAAGUUUUCUUUUUUUUUCGACUCUGAAAAGUCACAAGGCCCUGUAGGAACCACUUGAUCUUAAGGGGCUGUUUUUUCCCCUUACCCCCAUAAAAACAGCUUUGGCGUUCCUAAAAACGUCUUCUGAACUUUCAUGGAAGAAAUCUUCUAGAAAAGUGCAAAAAUCAUCUCCUUUAUUUAUCCGCCGGGGGAUUUCACGUGUUGUCUGCGUAUUUUCAAGAUCAGUUCAGGUUUCAGAGAGCAUGACAAAUUUUUUCUAAAAUAAGUAUGUAUAAAAAAACGUGUUGUCGUCCGGUUUUUGAUCCUUUUUCCCUACGUGAAUGGAGCCUGGAUAGCUUACCACUACGUGGUUGAUUAUGGCGAUAAACAAAAAUCCGCGAAAAAAGCAGCUUAUCGUCAGUUAUUUACAUUCGAUCCAGCAGGAAGUCGCCCACGGCUAUUUUUUCCCUUUCUUAAAGAGAUAAGUAAUGGGAGGUUCAAUGUACCGGACGAACGAAGAACUCACAAAUUUUUUCCGGUCUACCUAGCAAGGUACGCCUCUUAGCGUGGGCGAUACCUGAGGUGGAUGCAAUCAUGCACAGAGCUGCAGGUAAUUUCUCCCUAGCAAGGUGUUUUUCUCAAACUCCUGAAAUCCCGAUGUUGAGAAGAAGAUUCUUUCUGCCCAACUUUCUGCUUUUAGAGAUAGGAAUCCUCGAAGGGUCCUUCUAAAGGAGAUCUCGGGAAUUCAAAUCUUAAGUUCGCCCCGAUCCGAGUUCAUUUUUUCAACGGCGCAAGUAGUUUGAGGUCGGGUGCAUACUUUCAUAGCUCCUGAAGAUCUCAAAGUUGAGAAGAAAAUCAUUUCUGCCCAACUUUUUGCUUUCAGAGAUAUGAAUCCUCGAAGGGUCCCCCUAAAGGAGAUCUCGGGAAUUCAAAUCUCAAGAAAUUUCGGCGCAAGUAGUUUGAGGUCGGGUGCACACUUUCAUAGCAACCGAUAAGCAGCCUCUACUCAUCAAACCGAUUUCACUACAACCAGAGUUCAUUUUUGCUUGUAUAAGGCAUGACAGAACCAAUAGUUAAUACUUGAAAAAAUUAACGUUCUGCCUUUUUUGUUUCAUUUUGCUCUAUAGAAAAAUUCCGGAAGAGGUGAAAAAAUCAAAGAUGAAGAUGACGUUUGCCCUCUCCAUUUUACAAUUUUUUCGGCCAUUCCAAAACGAUAACAGACGUUUGAUCGUGCCGCUCUUUUCGCCCUAAGAACUUUCUAAGAACGUUGUGAACUGACAGUUCCAGGUAACUUUAGGGCGAUUUUUAUCUGAGGUUCUUUCCCUUUUGCGAAACACAGUUAAACCUCCGCUCGUUUUGAGUAUUAUCGUCACGCGGCGACGGUUCGACGGUCGAAGAAUGGCCCCCGUGUCUUUCUAUUUCUCUUUCCAUAACCUCUGUUUGUUCCGUAUUCCACCGCCGGAAAAACACAUUCUUCCUUUCUUCUCGGCUUAGGAAACAUGCAGAUUAUGGGAAAAAGCACCUACGUUUGCCGAGGUUUAAAAAUACACUCAAUGCAAGAAUUUUUUGGCAUUUCCUAAAAAGAUUAACCAGUUUCUUCUUUCCUCCUGAUAAUGCAGAUGAAUGGAGUUGGUCGCGCAAUGGGUUUUUUCUGGUUAAUCUCCAUAUCAUGGAAUGAGUUUCUAAUAAGGCGGUCGUGAACUUCUUCACUCACAAAGUUUAUAAUAGCUAGGGUCUUCGAAAGAGGAAAUAAAAAUUUUGAAACAGGGAGGCUAUUUUCGGUAAUGUUCGAGCUGUACGCUAACCUAAACUAUUUUUUAUGAAAACGAUCCUGUUUUUUUGUCUGAGGAUCCUUGAUGAAGUUAAAAAGAAGAAGGACUAUCAUAUGGAUUUUGAAGCGAAGCUGGAAUUUUCUGAGGCUUUGAAAAAACCGAAACAAGGUUUGAAUAAAUUAAAAUUGACACACCCUAGAAAAAAAAAAACACAGCAACGGUCAGUUUUGAAGAAAUCAUUUCAUUUACGUCUUCAAAAUUAAAAAAAAACGGGAACUUUAGAGCCAGAGGACGUCUUUUUUUUAGUUUGAAGCUAAAGAGACAUCUUACCAUCAAGCGCAAACAGUUCAAGGUCGGUUGCGUUUGAAGUUAAUGUAUUUCUUUUUCCACAAACGCAAAACCAUGAUAUGUUUUUGUAAUGUGAAUAUAUAUUCUAUAUUUAAAAACGCAUCAUACGGCCCGUUUCAAAACAAUCCGGCGUAGAACUUGCGUCUUUCUUGCGUUUUUCGAUACGCAGUCUGUAUAUUCAAACUUCAAGAACCUUUUUUUUUAAUGCAAGAAUCUGUACCCAAUUAUCUACAAAAUAAUGAAAGGUUCUUGCAUGGGAAACUUGCAAAUCGGCGUUCUCAGAUAAUUGCCCUAAAGCCUAAAAUUAUCGUAUUUUUCUUCACUUUUAUUCUUUUUUCUUCUGACGUUUGGCUGGAAAAAAGCCUUGAUUGGCAUGUAGGCAAAUCGUUUCUGCUCAACCGGAAAAAAAAAAUUCAAAAGAUACCUUUCGCAACUACGACCACGCACUGGCAAAUUGUAAAUUUCAAAAAGUGGGAAAAAUGAAAACUCUGCCAUAUUUUGUUUCGAUCAUUGGUUUUUUUGUCAAGCCACCGGGGGUCCAUAAGCGCAAGUCCAAACAAAAAUCGCGCAGCCCUCCUGCUGGCGCUGCGGUUCCUUGUCAAAACCGAAACAGCUCUGAACUGCUGACCUUUUCUAUUCAAAAAUUCAUAUUUUUCAUCUCAUUUUCAAAUCUUUUCAAAAGUUUGUAUCGCGUUUGAAACAUCGAUGUUUAAUAAAUGAUUAAUUACCAAGCUCAUUUUCGGGUUUCGUAGUCUGCGACUUCUUUUAAAAAAUUAGUACAUCAAAAUUCUCACACAAGACAGGGCAUUUGAACCUUCUGAUUCCAAUAAACUUCCUGUUUCAUCCAAAACCUUGAUGCUGUCAGUUGCCCGAAAAAAGAAAAUUUCUCUGCAAAAAUAGGUUUUGAGACAAGUCGUGUUGUGCAGUUUCAUGACAGAUCGAACAGUUUUUCUUUGUCUGCAAAACUUUUUUUCCCCAAGCGAACUGAUAAAAGGAACGUUAAACAAGAUGAUGUCCCAUCUACCAGUUCAGAAAUAGACAAAAAAGGAAGGAGAGAAAUUCAAGGUUAGACUGUUUUCGACCGUUCAAAAACGAUUUUGUAUGAGAUGUUUUCAAUCAAAUCAAAUCAUUUAUUUUGUUGUUUUAGUCUGAUGUAAUCGACUAGGCGGUGAACAAGAACUUUCAAAGCUAUAACGAACAAACGCCUUUGGCGAGCUAGAAGUCCAAACGUGUAGACGAAAGAGUUGAAAGCAUGGUCUUACGGUCCUUCGUCUCGUCCUUCUGCGCGUAGUCCAUCCAGUUGCGCCUUGACGAGCUCAGAAUGUAGCGGAUGUUGUGCUGGAGCCCGGAGACUGUGCUCUAGGUGGAAGCCUCAGAAUUUUCAGUGUUUUUUUAUCUUUUGAAAUUUUUCAGCAUUUGAAAAAUCCCAAAUGAGUUUCAAAAACCGAAACAAGUUGAAGCUUGAGAAAAAGGCCCAAUUAUUUUCAAAAAAAACUGCACCUUUUCCUGAAACAUUAAACUAGAGUAGUUUUCCCAAAAUUUUCGUUUUUUUUCAAUUCUUGCUUUCCGAAAAGUUCUCUGCAUUUUUUUGGAGUGAAAACAGCUAGAGAAUUUUUUUAUAAUUAUAAUACUGUUAAUUAUUAUUUCUCUGGCAUGAACAUUUUUGGAUUUUUUUACGGUUUCAGAUCCUGCAGAAGUUAAUCUCAAAAGUCGAAUUUUUCCAAUUUUUUCCUUUUUGAGUUUCUUGAUCUCUUAAACUUUUUACCUACAUGAAAACCGUAAUUCAAGGUUUCUCUUUCAAGAAAUCACAAAUUUUCAUUCACACUAUUCCAGCCUUCAAACCUGCAAAAUUGUUCUCCCUGAACCUUUGCAAAUCUUCCAAAUCUCGCAUUCUGAAAACCUGUGAGCUUCUUAUCACUUUUUGCAAACUGCAGGUUCUCUUGGAAAAUAUCUAAAAUUACUCCAUCUUUUUCAUUUGACGUAGAUUGUUAUCAUUAGAGAGAAGAUGAGGCUCCCGCAGAGCUGAGUAACACAAGCAAAUUACUUCCCCCGAAACCAUCCAUUUGGAAAACGCGUACAGAAUGAAAAAAAGAAACGCUCACGCGAACGCACAACCCCCGCGCUCCCCGUUUUUGAGUUUUGAAGUCAUAGAUAACGCCUCCAUUUUUGUAUGUUGAUUACCUUUCCUUUGUGCCCGGCGACUGAUAUUUUUCGCGUUUCCGUCUUCAAAAAGGUUUUCUUCGCUUUUUUUUGGCUGUGACCCGAAAAAGUUCAUUAAAAUAUGUAGUAUGAUCCCAUCCAGCUUGAUUAGGAAGAAGGAAAACGUCAUAAAAAUCAAGGCUGAACCAUCUUUCGAGUUUCUGGAACACUUUUGAACCGUUUCGCUUCUGAAAUUGGUGUGAUAAACUAUCAUUGAAAAAGUAAAGUGCUUGGAAAAAGAAAAAAAUUUAUUCAUCAAUUGAAAAAAAUGGUAGUUUUUGACUCAAGUUGACAGCCGAAAAGUUCAAAAAAAUUCAUUCAAACCAAUUUUUUCAGUCUCCAAAAGAGAAUUUUAGUUUUUCGUUCUUAAGUCCGACUGAAGCAUGAAACAUGAGUUAAAUGAGCAUCACCGUGCAAAUGAAAAAUUCAACGAGAAUAUAUAAAUGAGGAUCAACCCUUUUAUUUCAAAACUUCGAGUUAUCUUGGAUCCGAAUUUCACCACGAAUCAAACUUAAAAUUUCAAUAAAAGUAGUUCAAUACACAACCUUUAAAUCUUCAAGCUUGAAAAAAUUAUACGCUAAAAAAGCAUACGAGGAAGCUCUGCCAUAUACGUCACUGUGUCCUUUUACUGUUUUUUCAUUAUAAACUGUUAAUUGGAUGACAAAUUGUCGAAAAAGGCCAACUUUCUAGCAGCCAGUGGGUGUAUCUACUUGAAGGGAUAAGGUGAAUCAAAGUUUUUUAGCAGAGAGAUUUUAAUUACGCUGGCUAUCUCUUCGGAAAACUCCAUAAUUAGAUGAUAAACUUACAGAAAAAAAACUACAUUGUAGGCGGUCCUACUUUGUGUGGGCUGACUCAAACUUCUUAUUCGAAAAACUUAAAAGGACGGUUUUGAACGCAUAAUUUCAAGAAUAAAACAACAUUAGGUUCUUUUCAAGUCUUCUCAAAAGCGUUCCUAACCUUUUCUGACCUCCGUAGAGUCGUCAUUUUUUAGCAUUUGUUCGACUUUUUGAGCAUAUUGGACAAAGGUGAUAAUUUUACAGCGAGCUUUAAUUAAUUUUAAAGUUCACACAUUUCAGAGUUUUUCCCAGUUUUCUGGCGGAAUUCGCCAAAGUUUUCUUAACGAUUCUGACGUCAUAAUGAUUCACUCGAAAUUGACAUUAGUUCGUGGAAUGAUUGUUCUUUCGAGGCGAUUUCUAGCUUUUGGUCGAUAUCCCGGAUGAAAAUUGUAAUGGUUUAUUUUGAAGCGUUGAGCCUUUAUGUUAGUCCUAGUGGAAGCAAAAAAUUGAGAAAUCAUUUUUUUUUCCACAGUAAAAAUUAACUUCCUUUGUUAAUCAAAUUUUUGUGAUGGCUCACGCCUUAUUAGGGAAUACAAUCUGUUCCCAAGGGGACAGAUAAAAUGAAAUCGUCUUAGUGUUGAUUGAUAUCCGGUUCUUUUCUGUGCGGCCGCACCGCACAGGCGUCCUCUGCUGGUUCCACGUUCAGCGGCGGCGAAAAUUGCCUAAGAGGCGCCCGAUCGUCUGCCGCCGGCGGCGAUUUUUCUCCAGGCGAUCUGCUUCUUAGUCAAGAUCCCCCAUCCGUGUUCGUUGCGCAACUGAGAAAGCUUCUUCUCCGAUCUUCGAAAUGAUCACCUUCCAUAAAUAAUCACAAAUAAUUUACUCAUUUUUUUCUUUGCCGAUCUUUUUUCUAGUCCUGAGUCCCAUACGUGUUCAUCGCGCAACUGGAAAGCCUUCUUUUCCGAUCUUUGAAGCAAUCAAUUUCCGUAAAUAUGUACAUUUUCUUCUCAAAAAGAGACUAGAGACUCGAGACUUGAGACAUUUUUUGGCCAUCUGUUUUCUAGUCAAGACUCCUAUCCGUGUUUAUUAAGAAACUGGAAAUCUUUCUUUAACGAUCUUUGAAGUUUUUUCUUUAACGAUUUUUGAAGCUUAAUCCUUAUUAUUCAUUGACAGUUCUUUCACCAAUGUGGCUUCAGAUUUUAAACUUUUACCUAGAAAAAUGAUUUUUUUGCUCAAAACAACGAUGGAUCGACUAUGGAGUGCCUUUUUGUGACUAAAGUUCGAAAUGGUAAACUUGUAAAAAUUUGCUAGGCUGUCUAGAAAGCAUUGGAAAACACAUUUGUCUUCCAAAUUUUUUUUUCUCAAGAAGUUUAAAAACUGACUAAAAGAGUAUUUGAACCCGGAUUCGGUUCCACAACGUCCAUAAAAACUAAUUGCAGAUGCUGUUGAUAUUUAUAACUUCUUAUCACUCCACACUCUUUUCAAACAAGGAGCGAACCAAAAAUAGUUUCCCUACUAGUCGGAAUAUGACUAACAAUGGGAAUCAUACAUUUCUUCCUUCUUUUCGAAUAAUCAUGAAAAGAUGAAUUAGAAGAAAAGUAUUGUAAACAUCUCAACCUUUUGUCUCGCUCUUCAUUCUCAAGCUAACGUUGAAUGGACUAUCCUAGAAAAUAACGAGUUCUCGAACUUAUCUGAUGGUCUCCUUCUUGAGAUGGAAUCUUUGAACUUUUUCCUUCAAGAAUCUUAGAAACAUAGACGUAGGCCAUUUUUUUUCAUUUGUGAUGGAUUAUCCUCUUUUUUUCUAAUCCAGUACUUGUAACUCGGCGUGAAGAGAGCUCCGCCUCUUUUUGACAAGAAAAAAAAAUCUAAAGACAUAAAUUUCAUCAGAAAAUCAAACAAACCCGAGAAUCAUUUUAAUUUACGGCUGUCAUAAAUUCAUUGAAAUUACUUUUUUUUUUCCCAUGUCUCUUCUUCUUUUCAUUUCCAUUUUUCUGUUCGUUUUGCUUUUCUUACCGGUUUUUUUUUUGAGAACUACAAAUGUUUUGGUGUAACAUUCAGGUGGGAAAAACAGGUAAAUCUCAUAGUUCGACUGUACCUGUCUCUCCCAUUUUUUCUCUUUCUUUUGAAAAAUCGUUUUUUUUUUUUCAGGUGUACUCGAGUGGUACACACGAGGUGCAAAGAAAAGUUUCUGGCCGUUUGUGAUUUCGGCCGGCUCAGAACUACGGUAAUCCCACCGUAUUGUGUUGUGACGCGGAAGCCGGGAAAUCGGAAUCAGAGAAUGGUGAGUCAAUUUUUCAUUUUUUGAUUACAGUUGUUCGAAAGGUCACGAGUGAGCUUCUGGACUAAAUAUUCACCGCAUCCGACCUGAAACUACUUGCGCGCGGUAGUUUUCUCUAGCAUGAGAAAUGCUUUAAAUGCACGGCGUAUUUUUGAGAGCUUGAAAUUUGCGCAAGAGCACAACCUUAAAACUUGAAAAGUCCAUUCGAAAUCAAAAAAAGGUUUCUUUUUCCAGGCAGUCGUUGAACAAAUCGAAGUCCCUGAAGAUGUGUCCAACUGGAAGCCGGUCAUGGUCAUCGUGAACCCAAAAAGUGGAUCUGGCGCUGGGAAGGAUUUGCUCCGAAACUUCCGCGCUCAUCUUCAUCCGGCCCAGGUUGGUAUCAAAGAGGAGAAAAGGACAUCCGCGUGUUUUUGUGAUGUUUUUGUGUUUGCUACCGUGUUGGUAAUUGCUGGUAUGGGGCAUUGAUAUGAUUAUAUGUUUUGAGCGUUCCUUUCUAAAGAGCAAAGAACUUUACUCUUGCGGAAAAAAAAGACUCUUGCAGAUUAUGAAAGCUAGAAAAUGAGGUGGUUUUCAUAAAAAAAAGUUGCUUGCCUUUUCAUUCUGAUAUUUUAAAUUAAGAUAAGAACAUCUUCAUUCAAAAGGAAGACCGUUUUUUUUUUCUGACGUCGGCGCGUCUUUUUUUUGUCGGGUGCAUGCGAUAAUUUUGUAAUUUGGUACACGCAAACCGUGCGUGUAGACGUUCAGUAAAAAAAUAAGGUACCGUAAAAUAUUGAAAAAAGGGAUACUGUAGUAGCCUUUUAACCUCAAGCGUCGCCUUGAAACAAGAUUUUAAAUUUUUCAGGUCGUCGAUGUUCUGAAAUCCAACCUUCAAGCUUCUCUGCGUUGGAUCGACGAGCACCCUGAGGUUGAGCUGUCGUAAUUCUCAGAUUUUGAAGGAAAGAUUUUCAGAUUGAUGUCCGUGUCUUGGUGGCGGGAGGAGAUGGCACAAUCUGCUCGGCUCUUGACCAAAUCGACAGUCUCUCUCGUCGUAUUCCGGUGAGAACAUGCAAAUUUGACGUCAUCUUUUCAAGUGAUGAUAUUUCCAGGCAGCGGUGCUCCCUCUUGGAACUGGGAAUGAUCUCUCGCGAGUCUUGAAGUGGGGCAAGAAGUGUGGAGGCGACGUCAACGUCGUCAAGGUUUUCAUUCUGAAUACUUUCUGAGGCUUCAAGCUCUGAUUGAUUCUUCAGAAUUUCUGAUAUGAAGAUUUUUUUCAGCUCAUGGAAGGGAUCCAGGACUCGGAAGUGGUCAACAUCGACCGCUGGACCAUCGACGUUGAGAAUGUCAGAAAGGUUACUUUUUUAAAAACUGUCCAGCUUAAGACUGAACUAAGUUGAGAAGCUUUAAGUACGAUUUUUCAAGAUUUGAAGAGCCUACGAAAUUCGCUUGGAGCAAAGCUUGACUAACUUUUUCAUCCAAUUAAAAAUAUCACCAUCUAAGAAAAACUUGGAUUGAAUUUUUGUAUUCUCAGCUCGGAGUUCGUCUCGCCGCGAACCGCCGUCUUUCCAUGACCAACUACGUUUCCGUUGGUGUCGACGCUUGUGUGACCCUCGGAAUGCAGAAUACUCGCGAUUCCAUUCCACGGGCUAUGAGCAGCCGGUGAGUGGUCGCAUUUGGAAUGUCUUACAUAAGAGGUCAUUUUAUUUGCGGCUGGGAUUUUCCUGAAAAUUGGCUGGAACACUCCUAAAUAAACCAAAAAACGAUUCUGAAAGCCUCAACCUUUUACUUUUCGAGAAAAAGGCGCUGGAAGUUCCACUAAAACGCUCGAAAUCCAUUAAAAUGAGCUUUUUUGAAGCUUCAGACUAUUAUUUCUGGAGACCAAGAAAGUGGUGCAGGAGCUUCAGAAUUUUUUCUGGCACAUCAAAAAGUGUUCUGGCCGUUUUUCAGGAAGUUUCCAACAGCAAGGUAAAAUGAACUUCCCAGUUAUUUGUUUGAAAAAUGAAAGUUCUAUUUUAUCCUACACUUGAAAACUUUUAUGGCCCUUGGGAAGCGCUAGUCAUUUCAUUUUCGGUCGGUUAGCUUGAUCAAAUGAAAAAAAAAAUCAUAUUCAGACUCCCAUAACAGAUCAAGCCAUUUUUUGUGGAGUUCUAAAAAGGAAAAACUUUUUUUGAAACAGUAUAAGCUUCUAUCGAAAAUUUUCAUUCCAAAAACUCCCAAUCGCAGCUGAAAACUUUCAAAUUCUAUUUUUCAAUCUUUCCAAGAUUUGGUAACCACAUGCUAGGCAAAUGUAAUUGGCAGGUGCAACAAAAGAAAAAAAAAUGGUCAUAUGAUGCUUGCAGGUUCAUCAACAAGUUCCUCUUCUUCACCUUUGGAACGAAAGAUGUUUUCGAGCGCGUCUGCAAGGGUCUCAACGAGAAGAUCGACCUCUUCUUGGACGAUGUGUAAGUGACGAGAAGGGGUUUUUCAGAGGAAAUUCUUGUUUUCAGCCUCAUCGAGCUGCCUGACAUCGAAGGGCUCGUGAUCCUCAACAUUCCGUUUUGGGGAGCUGGAGUGAAGCCGUGGGAGGCUGCUCAAGACGAGAUGCCUCAGACGACCGACGACGGCAUGUUCGAGGUUUUCGCCGUCACUUCUUCUUUCCAUAUCGCUCAGAUGCAGGUUUUUCAUAUUUUCAAACUCUUCUUAUCACUUUGAACUUUUUUAGGUGGGCCUCGCUAGUCCUAUUAGCAUCGGUCAGGCCAAAACUGCGAAGAUUGUUCUCAAGGGAAACAUCCCGUUCCCCAUGCAGAGGUGGGCUUUAUUAACGUUUGUUGGAGCUUGAGAAAUCGAAGUUUUUAACCGCCAGGUGAAAAAAAGCGAAAAUUUCAAUCUCUCACAGGAUAGGUUAAAAUUAGGCAUUCAUCCAUAUUCAAUACCUUUCUGCCCAAGAUCUGAGAAGAAGGAUAGACCUUCACAACUUUAUCUUUUCGGUCGGAAACUGAAAAAACUGAUAAAACUGUUCUAAAUAAAUUGAUUAAUUUUUCAGCGACGGCGAGGCUUGGCUUCAGAACGCGGCCGUCGUCACGGUCUCCAAGAAAUGCUCGACUCCGAUGCUGAAAAAAGGCGAGAAAACCGUCAAAGGCUGCGGAAUGUUCUUCUAA